GUGGAAUAUGAAGGUUCCUCUUUGGUAUCGUAUUUGUAGAAAUUUCUGGCUGCCAUUGGGAAUAUUUUUCUUUUUAUGGUUUUUUAUUUCUCCCAUACUUCUAAAAAAACUGGAUAGUUCGAGCCUCUAUGUUGAGCGACUCGAAGAAGAGAAGAGUUCUCAAACAACCGUGGUAGAUACUGCAGACUUUCCAACUGAAAUAUAUUUUCGAGAAAGAAAAAACAGCACAUCAUUGACAAGUGAGACUACAUCCCAAUCAAGACUGCGGAAAGAAAAAGCCAGUUACUGGGUAAAUGACGAAAAAAUCGAAGUUUUCUUGUUUGUUGCUGUAGCAUCAGCCCCAGAAUGUGAGAAAAGACGUUCAACUAUUAGAGCAACAUGGGCGCAAUAUUUUCAGAAUGCGCAAGUUCCCAUAGAAACUCAAAACCUUAAAGACGGAAAUGUGAGACAGAAUGUGACAUCGUUAAUACACGAUAUCAAAAAGAGACCAAUAUGGCAUAUGCUUUUCUUUAUUGGCCGUUCUUCCAGUCCAAAGGUGCAGGAGCGAGUGGAAGAAGAGGCCAAAGUAUUUGGAGAUGUCAUUCUUCUACCAUAUCAAGAAGGCUAUUAUAACUUAACUUUGAAAACUUUGGCCAUGUUUCAGUGGGCUUCACAACAUGUCAACUCUUCUUUUGUAUUUAAAGCUGACGAUGACGUUUAUCUUCAUAUUCCUCGGUUAAUUGAGUGGUUAGAGGAGUGUCCAAAAGCUGAGUUCUAUAGUGGUCAUGGUAGUUAUGACAAGAAGCCUAUUCGAGAACCCAUCACUCAUAAAUGGUAUAUAAGUGAAGAAGAAUAUCCCUAUUCUUUCUUUCCAGAUUACUGCAAUGGUAAUGGAUAUGUAAUGAGUAUGGAUUUGGUACAUAGAGUUGCUUCUUGUUUUCCUCGAGAUUGGAGUUGUUCUUGGAUAACGGAGAAAAUGCAGGAUGUGCAAGAUGCUUCAUUUCGAAAAGAGGCUUACAAGCGUUGCAGACAAUCAUUAGCCAACGACUGUGGUUUGUAUAUCAAAUUUGAAGAUGUAACUAUAGGUUCCAUUUUGCUAAAUUAUAACGAAGCCCAAGCAUUCUACAAUGAAACGAUGACUCGAGCAAGCACGAAACAACAAAGUUCCAUUGCAAACAAACCAAAUUCUUCAUCGCCUAUGAAUAGGUUACGUUGUCGACAUGAACCUCGGAUCAUUAAUGAGCCCGAGGCAGUGCGUCAAUGGGGCGGACUUGUAAAACGUUCUCGUUGCCGAGAAGACUUCAUUAUGAUUCAUAGAGUAAGACCUGCACAAAUGUGGCGUUAUUUUUAUACAGGAUUGGAAGCCAAAAUGUGCGACGAACCUGAAUUUUAUCCAGAUCCAGUAAGCCACUUAAAACAAAAAUAAUAAAGAAGUAUAAGCAAUAUAUCAUGAUUCA